AUGGAACUUCUCGCCGGCGCCAGUCGGAAACGAGCCGGAGAUGACUUCGCCGGAGAUGUUAACCCAUUCGAUGGUUCCGAUGGUGGUUGCGAGUGGAUGUACGGUAGCCGUCAAUCUGGUUCCUUGAGACAUCAAGGAAACGACGACGCUUUGGCCACUCUCGCAGACUUGGCUCCGCCUCCUCAGAAACUGAAACCCAUCAGGUCCGUCGUUAAGCCUCCGUCGUCUGAGGAUCGACAUCCUCUGGAUAUUCUUGCCGGAACCCUAGAGAGGUUUCCGGAGAUAGGGUUUGGCUGCUUUGAGGCCCCGUUGGGAACGAAGAUUGCUGACGUGGAGGAAGGCGGUCAAUUGACUCGUGGGUUUACAAAGGAAGACUCUCUUGGUGACGAAAUGGAGUUUCAAAAUCGUAUCUCUGGGAAUCGCACCUCUUGGGAUGGUGUUUCUCUGAGCUCUUCUGUUGAUAGCGAUAGCGAUAGCGAUUCUUCACCAGGCGCUCGCAAGAAGGCUGUAACGGGUAAAAGAAAGCGGGAAACAAGGGACAAGCUGGAGCAUUUCUUGGGGAAGCUGGUGGGGAGUAUGAUGAAGAGGCAAGAGAAGAUGCAUAACCAGUUGAUUAAGGUGAUGGAGAAGAUGGAGCACGAAAGAGUCGGUCGGGAGGAAGCUUGGAGGCAACAGGAGAUGGAGAGGAUGAGACAGAACGAAGAGGCACGGAAGGAAGAGAUGUCGCGCAGCUUGUCUCUCAUCUCUUUCAUCAAAACUGUUAUUGGUGACGAGAUCGAAAUCGAGAUCCCUAAACCCCUGUCUGAUCCCCUCCCUCAACCACAUCAGCAUCUUCCCGAAAAAUUUGAAGAGAGGAACUUUGAAUCGGCUGAGACACAACGAGACAGAAAGCUUGUGAAUUCAAGCGGCAAAAGGUGGCCGCAGGAGGAAGUGCAGGCGUUGAUAACUAGCAGAAGCGAAGUGGAAGAGAAGACAGGGAUUCACAAGUUUUCGAUAUGGGAUGAGAUCUCUGCGAUGAUGAAAGAAAAAGGGUACGAUCGAUCUGCGAAAAAGUGUAAGGAGAAAUGGGAGAACAUGAAUAAGUACUACAGGAGAGUCAUGGAAGGUAAGAAGAAACAGCCAGAGCGGAGCAAGACUCGUUCAUACUUUCAGAAACUUAGUAACCUGUACAAUACCAACUCAGGUAGUGCAGACCACGCCGCAGAGAAGGAAGAAGAAUGA